UGCCCUCAGAGUCACACACACCUCUCUGCAGUAGGAGAAGGAGAAGAAGGAGAGGGAGAAGAAGAAGGAGGAGGAAGGUCCGUGCGCCGAGCUGUCAAGUGUCACAAAAUUGCAGGCAGCCGGCGAUGUGCAGCUGAAGCUUGCAGGAUCCCUGCUUUGUUCCAUUCAUUGAGGAGGACAGGGACAGUCAGCACCGUGACUCUCUUCCAUUCAGCUGCCCGGAAUCAGUGGAGGAGCUCCGGGCAGCAGCUGAUGAUGUGCCUGGAGAGUGAUGGAGCGGGCACGGCUGGUAGUAGUAGUCAGGACUGUAUCCCGGGAGCGGAGGACGGGGGUGUGGAGACAUUGUCUGGAAGGAUGAGCCCUGUACCCCCAAUACUGGAGAGGAAGUCCCCAGAGAUCCAUAAAGACAACCUGCACAAGGAUCAUGUCCCCAACAUCAAGAGAGCCAAUGUGGCCGCGGCUGGCAUCCUCAGUGUGGGCAACGUGCUCAAUUACCUGGACAGGUACACCGUGGCAGGUGUUCUACUGGACAUUCAGCAACACUUUGGAGUGAAGGAUAGUGGUGCUGGUCUGCUACAGACAGUUUUCAUAUGCAGUUUCAUGGUGGCCGCUCCGAUAUUUGGUUACUUAGGAGACCGCUUCAACAGAAAAGUGAUCCUGAGCUGUGGGAUAUUCUUCUGGUCAGCAGUCACCUUCUCAAGUUCCUUCAUCCCCAAGCAGUAUUUUUGGCUGCUUGUACUCUCCCGAGGCUUGGUGGGCAUUGGGGAAGCCAGUUACUCAACAAUCGCCCCCACUAUCAUUGGAGACCUGUUUACAAAGAAUACCCGUACACUUAUGCUGUCAGUCUUCUACUUUGCCAUUCCUCUUGGAAGUGGCUUAGGCUAUAUCACUGGUUCAAGUGUCAAGCAAGUUGCAGGGGACUGGCGCUGGGCUCUGAGGGUCUCACCAGUGUUGGGCAUGAUAACUGGGUCUUUAAUCCUGAUAUUUGUACCAAUUGCCAAAAGAGGCCAUGUAGAACAGCUCAAGGCACGGAGUUCAUGGUUUCGAGACAUGAAGGCUCUCAUUAAAAACCGCAGUUAUGUCUUCUCUUCAUUGGCAACGUCCACAGUGUCGUUUGCAACGGGGGCUUUGGGCAUGUGGAUUCCCCUCUAUCUGUACAGAGCCCAAGUGGUGCAGAAAACAGUGGAACCCUGCAACUUUGGACCAUGCAGCAACAAAGACAGCCUGAUUUUUGGAGCAAUCACCUGUAUCACUGGCUUUCUUGGUGUAAUAACGGGGGCUGGAGCUACUAAGUGGUGCCGUUUGAAAACACAACGUGCUGACCCACUUGUCUGUGCUGUUGGCAUGCUGGGAUCAGCUAUCUUCAUUUGCCUGGUCUUCGUCGCUGCCAAAAGUAGCAGCAUAGCUGCAUAUAUAUGUAUAUUUGCUGGCGAGACUUUGCUGUUCUCCAACUGGGCCAUCACUGCUGAUAUGUUAAUGUAUGUAGUUAUUCCAACACGUCGUGCAACUGCUGUGGCCUUGCAGAGCUUUACAUCUCACCUCCUCGGAGACGCUGGCAGUCCAUACCUUAUUGGAUUUAUCUCAGAUCUGAUCCAGGAGAGCACCAAUAAGACUCCACUUUGGGAGUUCCUGAGUCUCGGCUAUGCACUGAUGCUCUGCCCAUUCGUGGUGGUUUUGGGGGGAAUGUUUUUCCUAGCUACAGCACUUUACUUUUUGGAAGACCUUGCCAAAGCUGAACAACAAGAGCCUUGCUCAGAUUCCUUCACUGUUGGCAGCUGUAGUGACUCAGAAGAAGCUUCCAUCUUGUAGCUUUAGGUCAAUACCAAGAGUGGAAGACAAUGACUCCUGGACAUAGCUUUUGACAACUCAAAAAAAUACCAAAGGAUUUUCAGUAUGAACAAAGGGGGUUAUAACUGUAAGCUGCUUUGAAAGAAAUUAUUCACCAAGAUGAAGCUACAGGAGAUAGCUUACAGCAAAGAUAAUGGAUAUAUUUCCAUUUAUGACGGCUAUGCAAGUGGAUUUAUACCUCCAAUGUCUAUAAACAUGAUGGCAACCGGUUAGCUGAAAUGGAUAUACCCAACUACAUUAAUGGAAGGUGCCACUGCAAUACAGUACAAUACACUGUGAUCAAUGGUCAAGAAGAACCAACAAACCGUCCCAGUGCAUAACCCCUACCUUGCCACAAAAUCUAAUGAGACAAAUGCAAGGUUAAAAGUGUAAUUAACAUUAUUUUUUUUUUCCACAUGAAGAGAUAAUUAUUAUAUGGUAUGUAAAAUAGUGUAUAUACUUUUUUGUAACUGUAUAUAUGGAGAUAUGAGUAUAUAUAAUGUAUAUAUUUUACAAACUCCUAUUCUUUAUUUAAACUUUGGGCAACGUAUUGGCUUGUUUUUACAGAUAUUGCAUAUUUAUUAUCUGACAUUUGCAAAUCCGAAGCUUUAAUGUCAUGUAGAAAUAACUGCUGGUAAAUUGGCCCUGUACUCAUGCAGAUCAUUGGUAAAAAAAAAUUGCAGUGACGUUUCCUCUUAUAGUGAUGGAGGAAAUUGAGUAUAAUUGUAAAAAUCUUUGGUUUGCACUAAAGUUUACUUUAGUUUAUUAUUUGGUAUUACAACUAUGAAGGAUUACCAGUAUUAGAAUAUAUGUUUUAAGACACUUACUAAAUAAUAUGGCAGUCA